AGGAUUAGUAUCUGCAGAUGUGAAAUUUUUCGUGUUAGCAGGUCGUGUUUAAAAAUGAAUCGGACAUUUAAGAUGGUAUGGUGCCUCUAUAUACUAAGGUGGAUAUUUUUUUCUUCAAGAUUUCCAGCGAAAGUGGAAGGUGUUGUCCAAGACCAGGAAUGUAUUGACAACUGUAACUGUUGUAAGAACGGUAAAUGCCAUCCUGGAAUUCGUAAUUGGCCUAAUGUCUGCUCAGAUGGAUGCAUCGAUCGUCACAGGGGUGCUAGAUGUUACGAGCUUUGUACAUACAAUAAUUGUUUAUCGUGUCCAGAUAGUAUGGAUGUAUGUACAAUAUGUUUCGACGGUUUUCAUCUUGGGCCGAAGACGGAUUGUACAUCAGAAUGUCCCACUAACUGUAAAGCUUGUAUUUCCAACACAAUGUGCACUGUUUGUAAGGACGUUUAUUAUAACAAGGAUGGGUCGAAAACAUGUCCGUACUCCCAUUGUCCAGAAAAUUGUAUGUGCAAUCAUGGUAAAACAUGUACAACUUGUUAAAACGGUUUCUAUGACAUAGCUAAUGAAUGUAGUAAAAGAUGUCCGUCUAACUGUAUGUCCUGUUCAUCCAGAGAACUAUGUACUGAUUGUAAACAUGGAUUUUAUAACGGGUAUGAAUUUGACAAUGAUCUAAGACAUCUGUUCAAUAAUUGCACACUCAGGUGCAGAGAUAGCUGUUCAGUAUGCCAAUCAUACGACAACUGUUUGCGAUGCAUAAGAGGGAGGUAUGGUAAAAAAUGUCAACAUGAUUGCGCAGUUGGUUGCAAAGAUCAAACAUGCAAUAUUGAAUCUGGUUAUUGUUCCUGUUCCUCAAACUUUGAUGGUAACAAAUGUAUGGGUUGUGUAAGUACAAGAUAUGGAACAUAUUGUAAUGAGACAUGUCCAGAAUACUGCAAAAAUGAUAAGUGUAACAAAACCUUGGGCUACUGCAGUGAAGGCUGUAUCACCAACACAAUAACUGGCGCAACGUGUAAUGUUUGUACAGUCGGGAUGCACGGUAUAUUUUGUAGUAAAACUUGUCCUACAAACUGCAAAGGUAAAAUUUGUAAUCGAACCACUGGAUUUUGUUCUAAGGGAUGUGAAGGAAACUUUAAAGGUCUAUUUUGU